UGUAUAUGUAUGCAGAGAUAUGUAAUAUGCAGAGAUGUAAAGAUGACACUCGAAACAACACAAAGAUACCGUCCGUCAGUCUACUAAAGGGGUUUAUAGCUCCAGACGAGAUGGGCACUCGGGAUGAUGAAUACGAUUAUUUAUUUAAAGUUGUUCUUAUUGGUGAUUCUGGUGUAGGAAAAAGUAAUCUUUUAUCGAGAUUUACAAGAAAUGAAUUCAAUUUGGAAUCAAAAUCCACCAUAGGAGUUGAAUUUGCUACACGCAGUAUACAAGUAGAUGGGAAAACUAUAAAAGCUCAAAUUUGGGACACAGCAGGACAAGAGCGUUAUCGUGCUAUUACAUCUGCGUACUAUCGUGGUGCAGUUGGAGCUCUAUUGGUAUAUGAUAUAGCAAAGCAUUUGACAUAUGAAAAUGUUGAAAGAUGGUUACGAGAAUUACGGGAUCAUGCUGAUCAAAACAUUGUCAUUAUGCUGGUGGGAAAUAAGUCUGAUUUAAGGCAUCUACGUGCAGUUCCAACUGAUGAGGCAAAAGCAUUUGCAGAAAAAAAUGGUCUCUCUUUCAUUGAAACUUCUGCUUUAGAUUCUACAAACGUUGAAACAGCAUUUCAAAAUAUAUUAACAGAAAUCUACAGAAUCGUAUCGCAGAAACAGAUACGUGAUCCACCUGAAGGUGAUACAAUCCGGCCACAGAAUGUAGAACCCAUUGACGUGAAACCAACAAUGAAUUCAGAAGGAAUGCGUAAGCAGUGCUGCCAGUGACUCAUCUUGUUGCUUAAAAUAAGGACAUACAAAGAAGCAGAAGCAAAA